CCCUGCGGGCGGGGCUGUUCCCCUCUGCGGUCUCGGCGGCUGGAAAACCCCUGUGCUGGCAGCGAGAGAAGGCCCUGCCUUGGGAGCCGCUCGGGGACUCCUCGCCGCUCGCUGCAGCCUGCAGGGUUGGAUGUAAGGCAGGGCAGUGGCGGCUUGGUGUGUCCUUCCCACCUCCAAACGCCUGGAAGGGAGCGGGGAAGAAAAGGAAACCCUGAAAAGCUUUGGGAUAAGUUGGGGAUGUUUCACGGGAGAAAUCUGGAGCUGCAGAGCUGAAGACUUGUCCUGUUUCACUUAUCCAUGCCACGUUUAGGUCUAUUCUCCAAUAUCUGGUUCUGGCGAGCAGUGGCUGGAGUCCUUACUGCUGCUGUCAUUUUGGUUUCCUGUAUUCAGUUUGUAAACCUUUCCUCAGCCAAAGAUUUUCCUGCCUGCCCUUCCCUGGAAGUGUGCCCACCAGGCUGGCUGUAUUUCCAGAGGAAAUGCUACUACCUGUCGGAGAAAGAAGCCGACUGGAACUCCAGCCAGAGCCACUGCUCUGUGCACAACGCUUCCCUCCUGGUGAUCGGGAACCAGCAGGAACUGAGUUUUAUGAUGAAGAUAACAAAGCAAGACCCAUGGAUUGGACUCUACAAAAGAAACGAAGAGUUCUUUUGGGUAAAUGGAAAAGCAUUAGACAAUGAACUCAUUGAGGUAAAAGGCUCUGGAAACUGUGCCUAUCUUGAGUCAAAGGGAGCCUCAGCCUCUGGAUGUUAUUUAACCAGGAAAUGGGUCUGUAGCUUGACCAUUAACUCAGCACGAUGAAGGUGGAGGAAGCCGCCCCCUGACACUGUCACCUGUCUGUGAUGUGGUGUCUACACAGGCUGUGUCAAUGCUCUGGGGCCUGGGAAUGUGUCUCAGCUCCUGCCUGGAGGUGAAUGACUUUUCUGGUAGCCAGAAUUCUCCACCCAUGGAGGAAGCCUCUGGAUUUAAAGAUACCAUUUCAAAGGUUCGCUCCAGCACCUUGAUAAGUCAUUUCCUUGCCCCACUUUUCCAGCUACUGCCCAGCCUGUAGUUUCUUCUUCUUGUGUCAUCAGUAUUUCUUCCAUUAACCCUUCUUCUGGAGGAGCAGCUGCUGGGUUUAUGUCCUUUUUGGUGUGCAUCUGGAGGUUCUUGUUCUGCUUUUCCCUCUGUGUGCAGGGAUGAGGGGACAAAGUGGGACUGCCUGAAGGUCUGCCAGUGCCUCUCACAGACAGGGGACUGCAGGAAUAAGCACUGUUGUUUUAGACAGGAUCACAGCAGGUUUCCCUCUCCCAGUUCGAUGGGAAGCAUCCUGUGUGACUCUGCAUUGUAUUCAAUGUUUUGUUAACGUUAUUUCACGUUAGCCUUGUUAAAUCCCAGUGAUCAUGCUGAUUACCUGAGGAUCUGCUCUGAGGGGGGGUUAGAGAGUUUGAACUAUUACUUUUAAUAGCGAAGCUGCAGGCAUUAAUGUGUAAAGUUAGAAAUAGUUCUCAGUGGGAAGAGGCAAAAUCAAGAGAAGAGAAAAAGAGAAUUAACAGCGAAGGAAGUUUCUCUGUGGUUUCCUCGUGUCCUGUGCCAGGACAGAGUGUGAGGCUUCCAAACAAGUGGUGCAUUUCUGGUUGGAUAAUCAGUGUUUCCAGAGAAGGAAGAAUGGGAAGUUCACCUUCCUUAUUUUCUGUGGCAAUAGGACUUCACUGUAACAGUAUGGAUAUCGUCACCAACUUGUGACUUUAAGAUGUUUAUUAAUAUAUAAUCACUAAUUUUGCUGAACUGCACUUUUUUAAUUGCUUGUAUUCUUUAUAGGCACAGUAACAGGACUCUACAGUGUGAAAAGCCUAAUAAUCUGUGUAUUAACUUAUAUGUUGUGUUGGGAGGGUGUUAUUCUGCAAUGGUUUUAAAUUAACCUGGCUCUGAGGGAUAUGGUAUGUGCAAUAGUCUUGAAAAGAUAAUAAAUAGAUGUGCUAGAGGCACUGAGUCAGACUGCUCAUAGCAUUUUUGUACUCUAGACCUAGAAAUAGUGUUUAUCCAUUCAAUACCUAAGUAAUGCAAUUACUGAGUGCACUCACAGGCAUUAAUUUCACCACCUCAUCAUACCUUCCAGGCAGAAACUGUGGUUCCACGUGAAAGGAUUUGCAAUGUAAAGGGACAAAAUAGAGGUGGAGAGGCAGGUUAUCCUCUUUAUUUCUUUGCUCUAUGAAGUUGUCUUAAAAUCUAAGCCCCUUCCCUAGGUGAGAAUUUGCUUUCAGGUUCCAAGGUUCAGCAUCAGAAGAAGAUGGGAGCAAUCAGCUUAUUAACCACAAGUGCUGCAAGUCACUUCGUGUUUGGUCUGCUAUCUGCACAAAGCAGCUGGGUAGCAGCUCUCGAUAAGGUACUGUCCAGUAAAUGUAUUUUUUCCAGCCCUUAACUGGCUUCUGUGAGCCCAGUUUGGCUCUAAGGAAAACAAAAACAAAAAAAACCAAACACAACAAAACAAAACAAACUUCAGAAAAUACUGAAAUGCUGAAA